ACAUUCGUGACGUCACACGGAGGACCAACACACAAAACCGAUUGAACGGAAGGACAGUAAACUCUUGCUUUUACCGACACAUUUUAACUUACCUUUUAAUAAGAAAGUUAGCCAUGUCGGUGAAUUACGCCGCGGGACUUUCUCCAUAUGCGGAUAAAGGCAUCUGCGGCCUCCCGGAGGUGUUUGACAGCCCAGAGGAGUUGAAGACUAAAGUGGAGACACUGGCCCAGUGGAUCAAGGAGUCGCAGUACAUGGUGGUGCAUUCAGGAGCUGGAAUCAGCACGUCCACAGGGAUCCCAGACUUCAGAGGUCCUAACGGAGUGUGGACGAUGGAGGAGAGAGGCGAGACGCCUCACUUUAACACCACGUUUGAGGCGGCGCGUCCCAGCGUGACUCACAUGUCUCUGCUGCAGCUGCAGAGGACAGGACACCUCAAAUACCUCAUCAGCCAGAACGUAGACGGCCUUCACCUGCGCUCCGGCUUCCCCAGGGAUCGAUUGUCGGAGCUGCACGGGAACAUGUUUGUUGAAGAAUGUGAGAAGUGUGGCAAGCAGUAUGUUCGGGACACGGUAACUGGAGUGAUGGGUCUGAAGCCGACCGGACGCUACUGCGAUGUCACACGUUCCAGAGGACUCCGAUCUUGCAGAGGGAAGCUGAUCAGCACUAUAUUGGACUGGGAGGACUCGCUGCCUGACAGAGACCUGAAUAGAGCUGAUGAGGCGUGCAGGCGAGCUGACCUGGCCUUGACCUUGGGUACAUCUCUUCAAAUUAAACCUAGUGGAGAUCUUCCUCUUCUAACCAAACGCACGGGAGGAAAGCUGGUUAUAGUCAACCUUCAGCCUACAAAGCAUGACAAGCACGCCCACCUGUGUAUCCAUGGCUACGUAGAUGAGGUCACGGGUCAGUUGAUGAAGCUGCUGGGAUUGGAUGUUCCUGAGUGGGCGGGGCCGACGCUGUGUGAAAGCUCAGGUGGAGACCUGGACAUCCUCCCCUUCGGAGCCUGGAAAAAGGAAGUAAAGAUCGAGCUGAAGAUAGAGGAAAAUAAACACGCUGUCCCAAAGAAACGAAAGAAGAAAGAGCAGGGUGGCGAGAUAAACUGCAAGAAAGAUGUUAAAGUAGAAGAAGAGACAAAAGAAGGGGGAAAGGAAACUGCGUUAAGUGACUCUCGACCAAUCAAAAGCACAGACGGACAUUGAACAACCCUCUUCUUAGAGAACUAUUACGAUCAGACAGAAAAUCUCAGGAAGUGCGGUCACCAAAUGCCCUGUGUUUACAUCAUGAGGAAAGCCUAGACUCAAACCUGUUAGAUUUCUUGCACACUGAGCAGAAGGAAGUGAUGUCAUAGGGCCAUGAGUGUGUACUAUUACAGCUAGUUAGUGUGUAUGAUUGUGUUUGCCAGCUGAUCUCUGCAGUUAUUCUGGAUAGAGGUUUUGGUGAAUCAUGGUUUUGUACUGUAAAAUAAUGUGAUCUUUUCUAACCUCAAAUAAAUCAGGUUUGUAAAAAUAA